AUGGUGCAGUACAAGCUGAAGUAUUUCGAUGGACGAGGAAUGGCUGAGAUCAUUCGACAGGUGUUCACGGUCGCAGGUCAAGAGUUUGAGGACGUACGCUACUCAUUUGAAGAGUGGCCAAAACACAAAGAUGAAAUGCCAUUCGGUCAAAUGCCAGUGCUUGAAGUCGACGGCAAGCCGCUCUCGCAGUCAUUCGCUAUUCUUCGCUAUCUAGGCAGAAAGUUCGGUAAGGACGCUUCGGCUCCAAUACCUUAUGUUCUGGUGGUCUUUCUGGAAAGAACGCGUGGGAAGAGGCGACGGUCGACUCAGUUGGCGACCAAAUCAAAGACUUACGUCUUGGAGAUACGUCCGUUCAUCAGAGCCUCAGCCGGACUCGCUCCUGGAGAUCCAGAAGAUCUGAAGAAGGAUGUUUACAUUCCUGCACGCGACAAGUUCUUCACUCUCAUGGAGAAAAUGUUGAAAAAUAACAAGUCUGGAUAUCUCGUUGGAGAUUCCCUGACCUGGGUUGAUGUGUACCUUGCCGAAAUGGCCGCAAUGGACAGUCAAGCAGUGGGAUCCUGCAACAAAUUCCCGGAGGUCACAGCUCAUGCGGAGAAAAUACAUUCAAUUCCGAGUCUCAAGAAGUACCUCC